AAUCAUUCGUCAUUUCAACUUGAGAAUUAGUGAAAGUUGUUCAUUUUCCGAAAAAAACAUGGCUUUUACCCGAAUUUUCGCCCUGAUUUGCGGCCUUGUCUGCCUAUCCGUGCUUAAUAUUAGUCCCGCAGAGGCACAAACGUGCAGUCGUCAAGUCGGGAAAGACAUCACCGCACCGAAUCUGCGUUCCAUUAACGGGACUGCUGAAACGUCUUGUUGCGGACUUUGCUCGUCUACCUCGGGUUGUGUGGCGUACAGUUGGAAUGACUAUCAAGGAGGGACGUGUUGGUUGAAGGGUGCCCUUUCUCCAGUGAUUGACAAGGGGGAUACAACCAUUGGUAUCAUUGGAGGGUCACAAAAUCCGUUUAAGGUUGUGGCAUUUUGGCGUGGGACGUGGGAUGUUGCGCACAUUAGUUUUGCCAACGAAGCUAACCGCUACUUCCCAACAAUCCAAGCCGAACUAGGAUUUACUUACGAGGCAACGACAGACUGGAGCAGGAUAAACGAUAACUAUUUAGCGGAUAAAGAUGUCAUCCUAUUUCUUGACGAUAAACCUACCGAUGCCAGUCACAAAUCUGCCGUAGAGCGAUUUACGCAGCGAGGAGGUGGAUUUAUGAGUUUCCACGUGGCUGCUUUCACCACCAAUGCAAACGAAUGGGCGUGGUACCAUAACACCUUCCUUGGCACCGGAAACUUUCAGAAGAACACGUGGAAACCGACGCCAGCCACGUUGCGAACGGAGGAUAGGACGCACCCAGCCACGAGAAAUCUUCCAGCCACGUGGAGCUCGCAGCAUAAUGAGUGGUACGCCUUUGCGAAUGACAUAAGAAACAACAUUAACAUCCGAAUCCUGCUCUCCAUUGACCCGUCCAGUUUUCCCCUGGGAACAAACGCUGGAGAAACUUGGUACGAGGGUUAUUACCCGGUUGUCUGGCAAAAUCGAAACUACCGCAUGCUAUACUGCAACAUGGGGCAUAAUGAUAUCGACUACAAUGGGAAUAUUGACCUUAGUGAAACUUUUGGAGGACAAAUACAAAAUACGUUUUUCAAAGAUGCCUUGAAAUGGUUGGCAUAUCGGGAUGCGCCUUUUGAAGAAUCGAAACAAAACCCUUUGUUUGAAGCCCUUAAUGCAUAAAUUGUCCUGAAAAAUCAAACUCAACUUUAGCAUGUAACCUUCUGUAAAAAUAUGAAAUAAAUUCGUGUGCUGCGACAAAGCCGCUAAUAGUUUUA